AUGCCAGCAUCUGUCGCCAUUGUCAAAUAUGCUGAUGAGAGAGGUGACUGGGCAACAGAGAAGGUGAUCGACAUCCCGAGUAAGAAGGUGGAAGGCUGGGCUCUGCCUGAGAUGCCAGGGCUCAUCACGGACUGCAGGAACCCCAAGUUGGUCGGGCAGCUGUUCCUCGGCGGGAGUAUCUGUAAGGGCGGUCCUGUGAGGGUGACACAUGACGAGGAGCUGGACCAGCAGCCGGAUCCUCUGGUCCUGAACGGGCGGGUGAAGGCCGGCUCAGCGCCGCAGAUGCUGCAGCUCAGUCUGGACGGCAAACGGCUCUACGUCACCACCUCUCUCUACAGCGGCUGGGACAAACAGUUUUACCCGGACAUGAUCAAAGAGGGUUCCCUAAUGUUCAUUGUUGACGUCAACACCGACAUUGGAGGCUUGUCUCUGAACCAGAACUUCCUGGUGGAUUUCGGGCAGGAGCCUCACGGUCCGGUCCUGGCUCACGAGGUCCGCUACCCGGGCGGGGACUGUAGCUCCGACAUAUGGCUCUAGACGACCUGACGGGAUUGUUGCUGUAUCCAGAACCGUCCUUGAUCCAGAAACAUGCUCAGGCACCGUUCUUGAUAGUCCACGUGUUUCCAGAACCGUGCCUGGGGCAAAGUCGCGUUCUUGGAUACACGAAGACUAUCCAGAACUGUGCCUAACCAAUUUAGGCAUAGACCUAGGUGAUAGGAACGGGAUAGGUUCUGGUCUGGAUACAUUGGCUAUGUUAUGUUCUUAAAGUGCCUAUGACACAAAAAUAAAACGUUUUUAUUACAUUCAGCAACAAGAAUU